AUGCUAACAGCCUUUCCCCUCCCCUUGUCUUCCAGGAGCCUAGCCAUGGAGACCCUGCUCCUGUGCCUGGCCCUCCUCGCUGCACCCGCCGCCACCAUGCUGUGCCCCAAGCGCUGCAUCUGCCAGAACCUCAUGCCCUCCUACACUGUCCUCUGCGCCAAGACAGGCCUGCUCUUUGUCCCGCCGAACAUUGACCGGCAGACGGCCGAGCUGCGCCUCAUGGACAACUUCAUCACCACCCUUCGUCACCGUGACUUCGCCAACAUGAGCAGCCUCAUCCACCUGAUGCUGUCGCGCAACACCAUCAGCCAGAUCAAGCCGUACGCCUUCGCCGACCUGCAGGACCUGCAUGCCCUGCACCUGGACGCCAACCGGCUCACCAUGCUGGACGAUACCCACUUCCAGGGCCUGGUCAACCUCAGGCACAUGAUUCUGGCCAACAACCAGCUGCACAGCAUCUCUGAGGGGGCCUUCCAGGACUUCCUGGAGACCCUGGAAGACCUGGACCUGUCCUACAACAACCUGGUGAACAUCCCCUGGGAGACCAUUGGCCUGCUGGCCAGUGUCAACACCCUCAGUCUGGACCACAACCUCAUAGAGAUGGUCCCCGAGGGCAUCUUCUCCAACCUACAUAAGCUUGCGCGUCUAGACAUGACCUCCAACAAGCUGAAGAAGAUCCCUCCAGAUCCCCUGUUCCUGAGAAUCCCAGUGUACGCUAAGCUGAAGGGGUCUCCACUCACGUCCCUGGUGCUGAGCUUUGGUGGGAACCCGCUGCACUGUAACUGUGAGCUAGUGUGGCUGAGGAGGCUGACCAGAGAAGAUGACCUGGAGACCUGCGCCUCUCCCCGAGAGCUUGCCGGCAAGUAUUUCUGGACCAUCCGUGAGGAGGAGUUUGUGUGCGAGCCGCCCAUGAUCACGCGGCACACCUCCAAGAUGUUUGUGAUGGAGGGUCAGGAGGUGAGCCUGCGCUGUAAGUCGGUGGGCGACCCGGAACCUUCCACACAUUGGGUCAGCCCUGAGGGGAAGCUGAUCGGGAACACGUCCCGCACCAUAUGCUACGAGAACGGCUCUUUGGACAUCCUCACCACCACUGUGAAGGACUCUGGGAAGUUCACCUGCAUUGCCUCCAACGCCGCUGGCGAGGCCACAGCGCCUGUGGAGCUGGUGGUUAACCCCUCACCACACUUUGACCCCAAGCUGGAGCCCGAGCCUGGCCCCUCGGACAUCCCCACCUCCAUCAAGUCCAACGCCAGCGGGGGCCACGCCCGCACUGACCAUCAGAGGGUCAGCGUGUCGGAGCUGAGCUCGAGCUCGGCCACCAUCCGAUGGCCCCCUCAGGACCACAUCCCCGGGGUCCGCAUGUACCAGAUCCAGUACAACAGCUCCUCCGACGACAUCCUCAUAUACAGGUGAGCUGGGCACCGCAUGCUUUUACAUAAGAUCAGAUAAGAUGAAAUGCGUCUCUAUGGGGGGUGGUUAAUGUUAUUGAAACUAUCCCUAUAAAGCUGACUGGUACCUCUGUGUGGAAGGUGGUCUUCACGUUUGCCAUUGCAUACUGUGGGUCUCUUGUUGUUCUUUGACAGUUCAUGAGCCUCCAAAUUGAUCCUCAUUAACAGCCUGGUUCAGAGAGGCACUGAAUCACAUUGAUAAUUAAUUGAGUGCCCGAUGACAACAUGAGUGGAAUGUAACUCAUCGCUAAAGAAGUCCCAGAGCGAACUGCAGAAACACUAGAGCAUGAUGCCCACAGGGAAAACGACAUAGAAGUUCUGAAAUAGUGAGUUGGAAUGACUCAAUGUGCGUACAUCUAUUGCCACACCAACCUAUAUAGCCUUACUGUGCAGUAGCCAUUAGCUAUAAUGGGUCUGGUAGUGACAUAGAGUGAGGAAGAGCCUAUAAGAAGAUAACUUGUUGCCAUCAAUCAUCUCCAUAGGACUGAGCGGGAGAUCCAGUUACAUAUUGACCUUUCUGAUAUCCGAUUCAGAUGUUAUAUUAGGUGGGUUGACUCCCAAGUAUCACAGGCCAAGCAUUCAAUUAUAUAAUGGACUGAAUGUUGCAAUGCCUCACUCGUACUGUAAUGCCUCACUCGUACUGUAAGUGUCAUGGAAAGGUUUUGAAAAGUGUUGAGUUUGGCAUUUGUAAUUCAGUAUUGUUCCUAUCAGAAAUACCAAUAUACUGUGCACUUUUAAGUGAUUGUGAUUAUUUGUAGAGGUAUUAACUUCAGUGAGAGAAAAUAUUAAAUAUUUUCAAUAGCACCCAAAGGAAUCCCAGUGCAGAGUGGCACUGAUGUAAACACAUUACCCCAGUGAAGUGCAAUCCGUUCCAGAAGGCAGUGUUUGAUAACUGUUUUUGAAUGAGGCACAGUCUUCACCCCAACUUUAGGAAUGAAAAUUAUCUGUUCUUAUGGGAACAGUGGUUUCUGAGCCUCCUCCAUUUCAGAGAUUUCAGAGAAUGACUGUUGCAGAGAGCAUAAAACACCUGAAACAUCCCGAUUUACACAGAGAAGAAAGGCAGGUCACUCCCACAGUCACGACAGCCCUCUGUUUGUCUCUGCUAAGAAUCAAGUGGAACAUUAACAGAAAAAAAACAGAAUUCUCUCCUCAAAGUGAAAACCACAGAUAUCGCUGGCCAUUAAAUUCGGCUGCGAACCCCUUUCUUCUCCUAGGGCAAUAUUCUCCUCUUGAGCUUUCAAAGAUUUCUUUAAACUCGCUAUUCAGCGGCUCAUUAUUUUUUAUAAGAGGUGCAGUAGAAAGCAUCCCCAUGAGUGUUGGAAACAUGACUGCAACGCAAGCCUAUGUUAUUCCAGAGACUUGGAAGUGAAAGUACUGUACAGCAUUAGAAGUCUUAAGUUUUUUUUUUUCUUUUUCCUGCCCCACGGCAAAAAUAGCCAGCGAGCUCAUUUCCAUCCACCUCUCAGUUGAAGCUCUUUCCGGCACUCACACAGUGGAUUAUUCCACAAGCCUAUAACGGACGGACGGAGAGAUUCGUUAAAAGACGGAAAUGAAUCUAUCGAUUCAGGUUUUUUUAUUCCACCACAGCCCUCAUCAACAUUGCGCUGUGGAGUGAUUCUCUGUUGAUGGAGCCCCGUUACUACCUAAUUAACUUCCAGCCUUUCCCUGAGGAUGGAUUAAGACAAAAAAGACAUGUGGGAGAAGCAAUUUGCUGUUAAUUAUGCAAAAAGCACAUGGAGGCCUUUGGUUUAUGAAGCUGCAAUGUAAUCGGAAUGCGUUUUCUAAUCAAUUAGGCACACAUGAGUCCAGCUCUGUGUGGACUGACGGUUGUAUUGAAUUUGGGAGGUGGUGAUGGAGGGAUGGAGGGAGGGGGGAAUGAAGGGAUGCGGGGGCUGAGGACAGCUAAUAUACUCAGACACAUUAACAAUGUGCUGAAAACAGGAGAGGAUUGUGACGGUAUCAGCUUUCCUCAGUCUCUUUCUUCUCUUUUACAUCAAGUCGACUGGACUCUAUUUCUCUUACAUUCGUUCCAUCUAUCUGUCCAUCUUUUUACUCCAGGUAUCACUACCUAAUUGCCUUUAUGUUUGUAUGGUCUCUUCUGAGACAGUCUUAUAUGAGAAGAUGAGAAGAGGACUAUCCUAUAUCAUAGCCAUUAUAGACAGCAUGUGGUAGGGAGGUUUCAGCACACACUCACAUCCAUGAUUACACGCACAAGAGUACACACACACACAUACACACACACGCAGUCCUCCAUGUCCCUAACCCCUCCCGGGCCCCCUGCCUGGAACAUUCAUAUUCCCAUCUCUAAUGUGAUAGACUGGUGACAGGAGCUGUGGGAAGGUCAGGUCUGACUAUGUCAGGGUGGGUUCCCGCUCCUCUCUCACCAUCCCCACCACCUCCUCCCCAUUGCAUGCAGAGGACCCAGCCUUCCCCUCCAUGUCCAUCAAAGCCCCACCAGAGGAUGUGGAUGAGGACAUAUCUGAAGAUACAGUAUAUUGGGGCCUAUUAUUUUUUGACCCGGUUGAGCUCCCUUUUUAUACCUAGACUGUAUGCUAGGCUCAGGGCUAAUGAAAUGGCCAGACCCGUCUGUGGGCGGCUAGUGACCUCCACUCAUCCACAACAUCCACUAAUGAUGUGCGUAUAUGCACUGGGGCACAUAGAACAGGUCCAACAUCAAAACGAUUCCCCCUAAGUAGUGAGAUUUCACCUUUUUAGUAUUUUGAUCAUCUCUCUUCUAUUUUCCUUUCUUUCUUACUUUCUUUCUUUCAAAGAAAUGUUCACGGAAUUGAAAUGUACAUUUACCAUCAUACAUUUUCAUGCUUUUUUCGUUAACAUCAAAUAAAAUGUUAUUCUUCACAUGCUUCGUAAACAACAGGCAUAGACUAACAGUGAAAUGCUUACUUACGGGUCCUUCCCAACAAUGCAGAGAGAAAGAAAAUAGAGAAAGAAAAGAAAAGUAAUAACACGUAAUAAUAAAAGUAAUAUCUCAUCAUAAAAUAUUUACUUUAUAGUAAAGCACCAGACCAUAAUAUGACCCUGACUUUAUGGGGGAAAGAUAUUCUGCAUGCUCCAUGAAUGUAUUAUAAUGUGUAAAGAAGAAGACAGUGGAUAAACAGGAUGACAGUAGAAUAGUAAGUCAGUUUAAUAGAAACAGCAGGUGUAACCUGUGGAUAAGGCAGGGUAGAGGAGGGUACUCUGAGACAGUAUGAAUCGUGCCAUGCGAGCGUAGAUGUUGACCCCACUGGCGCCUGUGUUUAGAGGAGAAAUGUUUAAUGCACACACUGUCACCCACGUUGUCACCCCUUGGGCACGUCGCGCUUUGAAAUUCCGUUCCGUGUCUCGUCACCUCGGAGCCCCCGGGCCCCUAUGUCCCUGUUGAUAAAUGGAACAGUUUGGUACGCUAGCCACCGGGGUAACAGCAGACACACACACAGACACACACACACGCAGGCACGUGCACAGGCACAGACACACACACACGCACCUUAGCCAAUGUGUGGUCUAGUGUUUGUAAGACAGAAAGUAAACCUGACAAUGGAGAGAGGAGAAUGAGAGGAGAGCAGGAAAGAGGGUAUGUGUGGCUGUGUGUGGUUAGAGUAGUAAAGGUUAAAUGUAACCUCCAGGUACUGAAAUAUAGGUUGUUGAGUUCACUGCCUUCAAAGCAGCUCUCAGUUUUCGAAUUACUGCUAGAAUGUUCACUCUGUCAAUAACGUUGUUUCUCUCUCUCUCUCUCUCUCUCUCUCUCUCUCUCUCUCUCUCUCUCUCUCUCUCUCUCUCUCUCUCUCUCAGGAUGAUCCCUGCGUCUCAUAAGUUCUUCCUACUCAGUGACCUGGCCUCUCAACGGGACUAUGACCUGUGCGUGCUGGCGGUGUACGAUGACGGCGUCACGGCCCUGACCGGCACCCGCCUGGUGGGCUGCGUGGCUUUCACCACCGAGCACGAGUACCGCCAGUGCCGCUCCCUCCACGACCAGUUCCUGGGCGGCACCAUGAUCAUCGUGAUCGGCGGUAUCAUCGUGGCCUCCGUGCUCGUCUUCAUCUUCAUCCUCCUCAUGAAGUACAAGCUGCACAGCAACCACUACAAGCAGAAGACGGCACAUGUCAGCAACGUGUGCUCUCAGACCAACGGGGGCCAGGCGGCAGGCGGGGGAGGCGCUCCCAUCCCCCCCUCGUCCUCGUCCUCAGGCUCGGCCAAUAAGCCCAUGCCUCCUGGCCCAGUGGACAAGGUAGGGCACGAGGGACCCCAUCAGGCCUCGGAAGGGGGCUUCGGAGGGCCUUUGAAAGGGACCACCGUAGUGGACUUGAACCCAGACUACGGGAAGUCAGUGAAGGACGAGGAUGAUUUAUCACAAUAA